AUGAACUCCCGCGAACCGUCAGAUUUGCCUCCGACGCCGUCGUACCCUGCGAACUCCGCGCAAGUCAACCAAAAUGCCAUCUACUACGCUGGUCGUCAGCUUACUGCUGAUGAGAUCUUAACAGCAGAGUUAUCGCGCGAUGCUGCUGGGAAUAAUCUUGGGGAUGGCUCGAGUAAUGAUCAACAACACAACAAUGCCUUCGUAUUCCCUCCCAAUCAACAAGCCGGCGUCGAUCCGAACCAUGACCUGAGCUAUGGCGAUCAAAGUGCCCGUCGCAAACGAUCCAAAGUCUCUCGGGCUUGCGAUGAAUGUAGGCGUAAGAAGGUCCGCUGCGAUGCGACCUCAGAGUCUGGUGUCGAAACAUGUUCAAAUUGCCGUCGUCUCGGCGUCGCAUGCCAGUUCAGUCGCGUCCCUAUGAAGAGGGGCCCCAGUAAAGGGUAUAUCAAAGAAUUAGCCGAGCGCUUGAACACUCUCGAAUCUCAAAUCCAACCGCCAAUGGCCCAGCAAGAUAUACAGUACCAAGGCAUGAGUGAAAUAUCACCACCACGCGGAUACCAUGACUUUUCUCCUCCGAUCGACGGGAACCUGCUGGGCCGUAAGCGGACAUUUUCGAUCAGCGAAGGGAUCCACGGGCUGCCUUUGACUCAACCAACGUUUGCGCCUCGUAGCCAGGCGACAGUCGGUGAAACCUCCGUCAAUCUACCAGAGAGCUAUCCUCUAUUUGGCAUGCACCAGCCACAACCCAAGGUGUCGGCACCAUACUGGAGUGAUGGACUUGAUCGUGACCUGGCACUGCCUGUUGAAUCAGUUGUUGGGGUACUAUCUCAACCUGCCAACGAUGAGACGAAGCCUUAUACUGUCGAUGAGGGGGCACUGAAAACGUAUUACGAAAAGAUCCAUCCCAUACUGCCAAUUCUCCCAAGUUCGAAAGAGCGGUUACAUGCUAUUCUGCACAAGUGCGGUAGGAUGCUACAGGAGGUUUUCUCUCAUGCAUUCUACGCCGUAACUCAUACGAAUAUCGAGCGAGUGCGCGGCACUUUCACCGAUGUGGAUUCUCUUGAGACCGCUCUCGGUUUGAUCUCUACAUGUCUUCGUGAUCCUUAUAAUCUGCGGAUUUUACCUGUCAAUAUCGCCUGGAUUCAGACCUUGGCCUUCCUCGUUAUUGAUUGCGACAAACGUGGACCGGAUAAUCUGCACGGACGAGAUGGAUGUCCCAAGCAGACUCUAGUCGAUCAUUUGAUGUCCUUGGCAUACAGGGUUGCUAAACCGUUUGAUCAAAACCGUGAUUUGUUUCAGGAUUUCCAAGACGUAGACUCUGAUGCGAAUAUCGCCCGUCGUGGCUGGUUCUCUGCCAGUAUUCUCUGUCGAUGGCAUCUUGUUGGAAUGGGCGAGCGUGACUUUGUGGAUGAUGAUAUACAGGAUAUCAAUUUGCCCACGGACUAUUCUUUUAUGGGGCCUGCUACUGUGCAACUUGCUUCCUAUUCAAGUGAAUUAUCCUCGGCCCUACGCAUAAUCGAGAUAGACCACGACUCCUUAUCACUCAAUUCAAGAUUCAAAAGAGCAUCUCGCUCUUUACUAUUUCACAUGCUCAAAGCCGUGUUGGGCCACGAACAACGCCUCGCCAAUACCGACGCCACGAUCCUUCCAGUCGGUUAUCUCGAAGCUCUCGGACCACAGGUCUACUGGACAGUCAAUCUCUACAUCACCCGCUUCCUCUACAUCUUCGCACCAUACGAAGUCAUCCAUUCAGCCGAAGCACUCGUGAAAGAAAUGCACAAGGACACCCUCACGACUCGCAUCCCAUCACCCAUCGACAUAUACUCCUUAUCACUGGCUGUGAUCACACUACUAGAAGCGUCGAAAUUGCCCCUCUGCGCCGAAUUCUGCUGGAAGAUCUUGGAAGAUAUUGAACAAAUUCUCGACCGUCGUGCGCAAGUUACUGCUACCGCAGGCGAGUUUGAGGAUUUGUUCAGUACUCCUAAAUGGGAUCAGCAGCUUCGUGCUUGGAUUGCGGCGGAGAAACCUGCUCAACAACAGCAAAACAACAACAGUAAUAAUGUGAACACAGAGGAGUUGCAGCCGGCGGAUACUACCGAUCAACAGCAAAACCAGUCUUCGAUGAACAAUAUCACUUCUAACACUAAUACUAAUAAUAAUGCGGACAAUAAGAACAACAACGCAUCGUCAUCGCAGCCACCUCUCGUCGGACCAAACGAGCAACGAUCCCUCCAACAUUUAGCAGACCUCGCAGUUGGCGCAGAAGGUUCAGGCGCAGGCGCAAACGAUGAUGGUAAUGCAGCUCCUGCUACUACUACAUCGACAGCCCCUGGCGCUACUGCCACUGUUCCAGCGAAUGAUGUAAUGGACGUCUCGAACGAAGGUGAAGGCGGAGCUGGUGCUGGAAACAACACCACCCAACAACAACCCCAUCAUCAUCAACAACAACAACAACAACAACAAGGAUCAGCAGCAGGAAUAGGAGUUGUCAGUGGUGCAGUAAUUGUUGAUUUCGCUUCUGCCUUGCGAAGAGGGUUCAUGAAUAUUCUCAGUUUGCUGCCUGCGUCUCGUCAUUGAACUGAUCCCUUAUCCAAAUUAUUGCUGGUUGCGUGGUGUUGGUGUUUUCUUAUGGGUGUAUUUUUAGUCUUUAUUCUCUCUAUAUGUGUUAUGGUAUAGCUUGUUUCACAGAUAAUAAUUGGAUUGGUAUGAUACUCA